GGCGCGAUGGGGGAGGAGGCGGCGGGGGUGCGGCCCGAGCUGGUGCGCGAGGCGGAGGUCAGCCUGCUGGAGUGCAAGGUGUGCUUCGAGAGGUUCGGCCACCGGCAGCAGCGGCGGCCGCGCAACCUGCCCUGCGGCCACGUGGUCUGCCUGGCCUGCGUGGCCGCCCUCGCUCAUCCACGGACGCUGGCCUUCGAGUGUCCCUUCUGCCGGCGGGCCUGCCGGGCCUGCGACACCAGCGAUUGCCUGCCGGUGCUGCACCUCCUGGAGCUCCUGGGCUCCACCCUGCACGCGUCCCCGGCUGUCCUCAGCGCGGCCCCCUGUGCGCCCGGGGUUCUCACGUGCCACCACGCCUUUGGCGGGUGGGGGACCCUGGUGAACCCCACGGGUCUUGCGCUGUGCCCCAAGACCGGACGGGUGGUGGUUGUGCAUGACGGGAAGAGGCGAGUCAAGAUCUUUGACUCUGGAGGAGGAGGUGCACACCAGUUUGGAGAGAAGGGGGACGCCGCGCACGACGUGAAGUACCCCCUGGAUGUCGCCGUCACCAACGACUGCCACGUGGUUGUCUCCGACGCCGGAGACCGCUCCCUCAAAGUGUUUGAUUUCUUUGGCCAGGUCAAGCUGGUUGUGGGGAAGCAGUUUUCCCUGCCCUGGGGGGUGGAGAUCACCCCUCAGAACCAGCUCCUGGUGACUGACGCAGAGGCAGGGUCCCUGCACCUGAUGGAAGUGGAUUUCCCGGAAGGGGUCCUCCGGAGGACUGAGAGGCUGCAGCCUCAGCUGUGCAAUCCCCGUGGGGUGGCCGUGUCUUGGCUCACGGGGGCCAUUGCCGUCCUGGAGCACCCCUGGGCCUUGGGGACAGCAGGCUGUGACAGCACAAGGGUGAAGGUGUUCAACCCCGAGAUGCAGCUGAUUGGCCAGGUGGAUAGCUUCGGGCUGAACCUCCUCUUCCCCUCCAAAAUCACUGCCUCAGCUGUGGCCUUCGAUCACCAGGGAAACGUGAUUGUCGCCGACACCUCUGGGCCAGCCGUCAUCUGCUUGGGGAAGCCUGAGGAGUUUCCAGCCCUGAAGCCCGUGGUCACUCAUGGUCUUUCCCGUCCUGUGGCACUGGCCUUCACCAAGGAGAAUUCCCUUCUCGUCUUGGACACUGCGUCCCACUGUAUAAAAGUCUUUAAAGCGAUGGAGGGGAAUGGAGGGUGAGGGGGAGCGCGGGGCCUGGAGUCUUCGGGAGUGAAGCGCACCACGGAUGAGUCAGUUAUCACUCAUCCAUCCAGGCAAGGAUAAUGGUCACUGCCCGGCAGAAGUACCGGAUUGAGGCAGUUAUUAAAACCUAAUAAUUAAAUGUAUCAUUCAGUGAAUGCCUACUCCCCAUGUUAAGAAAUUUGCAAAUCUUACCUCUUUUGCUCCUUAAUGUGCAGUAAUAAUUUCUAUUAUUAGUCCCAUUUUAGAGAUAAGAAAAGAGACCCAAAGAGCUUAAUAUGAUUUCUUCAGUGGUGUAUCUACUGGGACAGUAUCAAAUUGAACUCAAUUCCGACUCCAAACCAUUUGCUCUUAAAUAUGAUGCCAGAUGUCAGGAAAAAAAAACAAAAACAAAACGUGAGCAUGUCUUAGGCAUGCUCUCCUUACAAGCAGCUAACUGACUUCAGUGCACAAAGAAACAAAAGGAAGGGCUCUCCGGUGGUUUUUAAAAGAAAGGGGAUUCUGUGUGUUGUCAGUUGUGAGGUCCCCCGAUGGCAGAGUAGAUGGAUUAUUAUAAAUCCCAAGAUUUGAACUAGAAACAAAGUUGAGCAAUUUCCUCGUAAAGCAGAAGCUGGCUGUCUCACAGUGUGUGUCAAUCACCCCAGCACCUGCAAAGUGGAGACAGGAAGUUCAAUGCCACGUACAGCUACCUAGUAAAGUGAGGCUGGGGUAGGCUUCAUGAAGUCUCUCUCUCUCUCAUUCCCUGAGUGAUGGUUUGAGAAAGGUCUGCAAAGCCACUGCGGGCUGGUAUCAUGGGCAGAUGAGACUUUGUGUUAAUUAGGCGUCACCCCGGUACAUUCAUGGCAGAAGUGAUCUUGUUCGCUGUGUGGUGAAUCUCUGCAGCCUGGAGUACUCUGUGAUGGGAAUUUCCUCUGUGCAAUUUAGAAUGUGAUCCAAACACUGUAUGCUCAAUAAAGCACUGCAGAUGUGUCUUGGACUGAA